AAAAGUUCGGAGACCCGACCCGACACGAUCCCAACUAUCCCCCAAGUCUUACCAAAAUUUCCCGUCCGACUGACUUCAAAAUGUCGCCGCUUGAACAGAUAACAACCAAACAUUUGAGCAGUUUGUUCUCUGGCUGGUCCUGCGACAGCAAUGACAGCGACGAGGAGGCGACCCCCCAGCAGGAGUCAUCCGGCUUUGGGACCUUCUGCCUUUUGUACCUGGGAAUAGCAGUGGUCUUCUUCUGCAUCAACAGCCUCACCGACCAACACAUGGAGCACCAGUCACGCCUCCACAAGAAGAGCCGUCAAAGAGGGCGUUCGGGACGACAUCACUCCAUCGCUCCACGCAGGCGUCGUCACUCUGUCAGUCCCCGCAAGCGUCAGGGGAAGGCAACAGAGAAGGACGCGUCGACGCCAGAUGUCUGGCAUGAUCCCUUUGGCCAGGAGGAGGAGGAGAAGGAGAAGGAGAAGGAGAACGAGAAGGAGGAUGAUCAGCAGCAGGGCGACUGCUUCUUUGACAUCCUGUCGGACGAUAAAUAGAGGUCAAAGCCAUAGCCAUCGCCAGAGCAUCGCCUGGGUCAUCGGGUCUCAUACAAAAUUUAAAAUCCAAAUUCAAAGAAUAAGCGGCAUACAAAAUCUUAAAUCCAAAUUCAAAGUAUAAGCGGCACCAUAAAUGAACAACAAUAUAAAAAGCGCACUGCAUCAUGCCUCAUGCAACAUUGAUGUGGUAACCCACUCUGACACAACCGCACCGCAUUUGGUGCUGGUCGUCUGUGUCGACUGCAACAUAUUGUGGCCAUAUACGGUCCGGUCCGGUCUGGUCUCCGGUUCCAGGACCAAGUCACAUUGGAAUGCUGCAACCAAAACGAGGCUAAUCAAAAUCAGAAUUGAAAGCCAGCCAACUGCUGGAAAUCCAUUAAAAUAGAUAGAGUGGGAAUUCGUAGAUGGGUAGCAGGAAACUUCCCCCGAGAUGGAGCACAAGCAGGCAGCGUUUCCUGGUAUUUCCCACAUGGUAGUCCACGAAGUCAAGUCGGCUAGUCCAGAAAGAGAGUGAAUGGUGUUUAGUCACGCACACACACUCUUAGCCAUUCUGGGCCAGACAGUGGAGGACAAUUGUUUUGUUCCAGUACACAGUACACAACAUACAUACACAUAUGCAUAGAUGCAUAUAUAUACUAAAGACUAGUGUAUGUCUAGUUAUAUCAUGAAUAGAUUGCGUUAUUGAAUGAAAGCUUAA